UAUCUAUCUAUACACUCUGCUCUGCUUCUUCUGCUGCUCGCUAAAAGCCGGCCCUUUUUCUCUCCCAAGAGGCCAAGACACACACACAUCAAGCAGCGGCAGAGAGACAGAGAGAGAGAGGACAAGAGCUCCAGAACUCAAGAAGCAGAGCCAAGAAACAGAGGAGGAAGAAGAAGAUGCGGCACGGGGGGACGAGCGUGCUGGGGGUGGUGAACUUCGUGACGUUCCUGGCGUCGAUCCCGGUCCUGGGCGGCGGCAUCUGGCUGGCGUCCAGGGCCAACUCUACGGACUGCAUCCGCUUCCUGCAGUGGCCCAUCAUCAUCAUCGGGCUGGCCGUCAUGGUGGUCUCCCUGGCGGGCUUCGCGGGCGCCUGCUACCGCCAGACCUGGCUGCUCCGGCUCUACCUCUUCGCCAUGUUCUUCGUCGUCGUCGCGCUCCUCUUCUUCAUCGUCUUCGCCUUCGCCGUCACCGACCGCGGCGACGGCCAGGUCGUCAUGAACCGGCGCUUCCUCGAGUACCAGUUCUCCGACUACAACGGCUGGCUCCGGAACCGCGUCGCCGACCCGGAGUACUGGGCCACCAUCAGCGCCUGCCUCCGCGACGGCCACGCCUGCGAAGGGAUGAAGCGCCGCGCCCGCGACCCCAACACCGGCAUGCUCGUCCCCGAGCCCCCAUCCAUGUUCUUCGGCCGCAACCUCUCCCCGAUUCAGUCUGGAUGCUGCAAGCCGCCAACAUCCUGCGCAUUCACCUAUGUGAAUGAGACAUACUGGACCCCAAAUCCUGGAGUCCAGACCGUGGUGUCCGACCCUGACUGCCAGAAGUGGAACAAUGACCAGCAGACGCUCUGCUUCCAGUGCGACUCGUGCAAGGCAGGCGUCCUCGCUGGGAUCAAGAAGAGCUGGCGCAAGGUCGCCAUCAUCAACAUCGUCAUGCUGAUCAUCCUUGUCAUCGUCUAUGUCGCGGGCUGCGCCGCUUUCCGCAACGCCAAGAGGAUGGACAAUGACGAGCCUUACGGCAUGGCGAGGAUGACCAAGUCCCAGCCAAGCAGGUUCCAGUUCUAGGCCGCGACUGAACUGGAAGCCUUAGCCUGUACAAAAAAGGCUUGUCCUGAAAUUAUAUUUCUUACUGAACAUUUGGAAAUGAUCACCUGCAGCUGGGUGGUGAAAAAAAAUGAAUUUUCUUGUAUCAGAAAUCUAGUGUGCUGUUUGGUUCCGUGCCUGCCUUGUAGUGUUAGGGUUAGAUCUAUUCUGUACUGUGGUACAAGAUGAGGUCUGGAAUGAACAAGAAACUUGAGUUGCCUCAUUUAGGAGUUAUUGUAUGCAAUUACUUUGAUUUGCCAUCUUCCUGAGAAGAUUAUGCUAUGGUGACUGAACUAC